GUGUACGGAGGGAGUGGACUUGAGUGGAAGAAAAGGGAAGGUGGAAUAGAGGAAUGCAUUACAGUGAAAGAAGUAGUGAAGAAGUUUUCUGGAGAGCAGAUUUCUUUCAAGAAGGCAGGAAUAGAAACUUCUUUGACAUUCAUCAUAAAGGAUCAAGAUGAUGCCCGGGUCACAGGUCACAUUCCUCCUUAUCUUCCUGUUGGAGUCUGUCUGCGCUGCAUCUGUCGGUCCAUCCUUACUUCAACCACCCGUCAAACAUAUUCCCAUUCCCAUUGGGGACUACGAUGAAGAAACCUCAAAGACGACACUCUCCCCGAAACUAUCCGGGCUCACCACCACCCGUGCCGUCUCCCAGCUUUGUGACUAUGACCCCUGUGUGGCUCAGACGACCCCUUGCUCUGUGACCUCAGACCAGACAGGGUGCCUCUGUCCUGGGCUGACGGGUCCUGAGGUGCGUCCUGGAGCUCCAAAACUUCAGGAGGUGAAACUGGACCGCUCGGGCGAGGUGAUCGUGCACUGGUGCGCUCCGCGCUCAACAGUUACGCAUUAUAAAGUCAUACCUAAAGGCGGAGAAGGUCAAGGAAAGGUUUACGGGGAAUUUUUGCGGAACAGUUCUGUGCCUGGGCUGAAAGUUGGGGAUACGGUGUGCGUGGUGGCCAUCAAUCAGGCAGGAGUCAGCGAAGAGGAGUGUGCCAGAUACGAACCACCACAGCCCGAUCAAGCUGCUCUGAGUGCAGUGAUCAUCUCCGGGUGUGUCGGCUUCCUUGUGCUGGUUUCAUUGGUUGCUGUGUUGCUAUUGCGGCAAAGGUGUCAGAAAGAGCAGUAUGGGGGAAGGGGAGGGACUUGGUAAUCCAUCGUACACGAAU